CCGCCUGCUUCGGCGCGGCGAGGUGAUUCACUCGCUCCUUCGCCCCGGGGCCCCCUUCCCGGCCAGACGGCUGGCAAGACGGCUAGGUGUGCAGCGUCCCUCGAACCCGCGAGCAAGCAAGCAGAUCUUACCUGCCCCUAGGGAUUCCGGCCCACACCAUGGCGGAUUCGGAGCGCCUCUCCGCCCCCGGCUGCUGGAUCGCCUGCACCAGCUUCUCGCGCACCCAAAAGGGAAUUCUCCUGUUGACUGAGAUUAUACUGUGCUUGGUGAUUCUGAUCUGCUUCAGCACCUUGGCUUCAGGGUACUCUUCCCUGUCAGUGAUUGAGAUGAUCCUUGCUACUGUCUUCUUUGUCGUCUACAUGUGUGAUGUGCACACCAAGAUCCCCUUCAUCAACUGGCCCUGGAGUGAUUUCUUUCGAACUCUCAUAGCGGCAAUCCUCUACCUGAUCACCUCCAUUGUCGUCCUUGUUCAAAGAGGAAACCACUCCAAAAUCACUGCAGGGGUACUGGGCCUAAUAGCUACAUGCCUCUUUGGCUAUGAUGCCUACAUCACCUUCCCCUUUCGGCAGCAAAGACAUACAGCAGCCCCUACUGACCCCGCAGAUGGUCCGGUGUAGAGGAAUUCCUCUCAAAUCUCAGUGAUCUACAAAUGACUCCUCCCCAGCCCCACAACACUCUCAGCCAACCAACUCCCAGCCUCUUGUUGAAGUAAAAGUGCCUUUAUUGGAGAAUUUUGUCUUCCACCCUGCCAAUCAACCCUCCUGGGAGUGGCCACACACAUGGUGUGCCUAGGUUCCCUUUCCUUCUGCAGUAUCCCAAAGGAAACACCAGUUCUGCCUGGAUCAUGUCCCCACCUUAGCCACAAAAUGAGGGAGGAGGGUGCCUCAGAUUUUAGACUCCAGGCCUCAGGUUGUGACCCACUCCAAAUAAAUAACCUCCUUGGUGUGGGUGGUGGUUCUGUGGAGGGAUAAAUAAAUAAUAAACAGAUUGUUAAAGUAUA